CUUCCGCUUCAGUCUUGACUGAGAAGUCAACUAAAGAUGAUCCUCCUCAUUAGCUUCGCGUCGUUGUUGUUUGGCGUUAGAGAAGUGCUACCAGUUUCCGAUACCGCCGCCGUUUUAUUCGCACCCUAUUUCGGGCUGACCCUACUUCCCCUGGGAUUCGUUUCCGGGACCAGCAGAUACGUCCCCAAGUGGAAGAAACAGGCCUGCGAGGUACCCGCCUCUCAGCAUCCGAAUUCACACUACGUCUGCGACGAAGCGGGAGACGUCAAAUGUCUUCGAGGAUGGACGGGAGAUCUUUGCGACGUCCCGAUAUGCAAGAAGGGAUGUGACCCUCUUCAGGGAUACUGUCGUAGUCCGGGCGAAUGUCAAUGCAAAUUUGGAUUUUACGGAGCGCUCUGUGACAAAUGUGUUGCGCUACCAUUGUGCCAACAUGGCAGAUGCAACGUGAGUUUCGAGUGCGCCUGCGAUCCAGGUUGGUCCGGACCGUUUUGCUCCGAACCAGUUUGCAGUUCGGAUUGUCACCCCGCUAGAGGAUACUGCGAUAAACCGGGCGAAUGCAAAUGCAGACUCGGCUGGCAAGGAGACAAGUGCAAACAGUGCGCCGUUCUGCCAGGAUGCGUUCAUGGAACGUGUCAAGGGCCUCUGGAGUGCCGUUGCGAACCAGGGUGGACGGGCUUUUUGUGCCAGAUACCGAUAUGUGCGACGGGCUGCAGUCGGGAUCACGGAGGAUGUCGUCGUCCCGGAACCUGCAGAUGUCGUACGGGAUGGAAGGGACCGAAUUGCACGGAGUGCGUGCCCUAUCCCGACUGCGUCCACGGGACCUGCGUGAAACCCUGGGAGUGUCGAUGCCAGCCUGGAUGGACCGGAGAUUUUUGUAACGAGAAGCUCACCUACUGCGACGAGCAUCCCAACACCUGCGAGAACAACGCUACUUGCAUCAGCGUUACAAAGGAAGACGGAAACUACAGGUGCAUGUGCCCCCUGGGUUUCAUCGGUCGUCAGUGUCAAAUCGAGACGGUGAUGCCGGCGUUGGAAUUGAUGCCUCCCAUGUUACCCGCCAACUCGUCGUUCACCCCGGAGCAAACCGCGACGACGGAAACGAUCGUCGUAAAGCCUUCGAGCGGUGUCGCCGUUGAGACCGCAUCGGCGAUACCGGCGAUCGAAGAAGCACCGGCGAAGCCGGAUGUCGAGGAGGGCGAGCAAACGCUCGAAGAGGACAAAGAACAUGACGAUGAAGAAGUCGAGCACAAAGACGAGCCCACCGCGGAACCGCUGGGACCGAUCUUCAUCACCGAUCCUCCGACCACGCCAACCGCGAAGGACCCCUCGGUAACGGCGGGAAAAUGGCCAACGGAAUCGCCAACGAUGACGCCGUACGUGGACAGCGAUGUCGAUAACGAGGCCUGAAACUAACGAUUCCAUACUCUAAAAUCGCCAUCCUCGCUCAACGCGAUUGAGACAUCGAAUUUCAUUGGAAAAAUCAUCGUUGAACAAAAUUUCAUUCAAUCACGGGACCGGAAGAGGGUCGGAUUCGACGAGUAAAAAUCGGAUAACUCGGCGUGUGCGUAGAACGGCUAUUAUUUUAUCGUCGUGAAUCGUUCGAAGCGUAGAGUAAAUCGCGACUAUCGGUGACUCGAUACGCGCUGCAAAUAUAGUAUAACAGCAAGAGGAAAAUAGAUAAGUACGCAUAACGUUGCAGCCGACUACUUUCCGGUCGAACGAGCACGUGUUCUAUCCGCCAUAUAUCUACCGAAUCAAGGAUCAACCGCUACCCUGGUGCUACACGGCAAUGAUCGCUCCGUACAACGUCGUACAUAUAGGUGUAUCUGAAUCUGAGCACGGUGGGCACGUAUGUCCGUACAUGAAUAUCUAUGGUAAAGGAACUGUAACCAACUCGUUGGCGUUGCCCACGUAACUCGCUGGAAUAACGACCGUUACGUAAUGAGGCUACGCGGAGUCCGCGCCUAACUUGAUUCAAUUUUUCAAAGAAUUUGUCAGUUCCGGCCUGAACUAAACGGCAUUGGGGUCAGUUCGCACGGGGUGAUAAAACAAUGAGACCAGGAAAUAAACGAGGAUGACGUUCGGAUUAAAAAUCAUAGCUAUAAUUUAUAUAUAUUUAUUUUAUUUAUUACACAUAUUUAUCGCCUGAUUCGAUUGGUAGCGCGUACAAUUAUUGGUUCAUACUUUAUAUACCAUACCCAUGUAACGAGAACGAAAUCAAUUAGAUUCGUUGUAUAGCUACGAAAUGUGA